GCGUUCGGACCUCAGCCCCGCUCCCAGCCAGCACCGCCGAGCCCCGCGGACCCCGCAGCCCCGCGCAGCCAUGGAGGAACUCACGGCUUUUGUAUCCAAAUCUUUUGACCAGAAAAGCAAGGAGAGCAGCGGCGGCGGUGGCGGCGGCUGCAAGAAGGAUUCGAUCACGUACAGGGAAGUUUUGGAGAGCGGACUGGCGCGCUCCCGGGAGCUGGGGAGCUCGGAAUCCAGCCUCCAGGACAUUACGGAGGGCAGUGGCCACUGUUCGGUGCAUCUGUUUAAGGACCACGUGGACAACGACAAGGACAAGCUGAAAGAGUUCGGCGCGGGGAGGGCUGCGGAAGGUAUGUACGAGUGCAAGGAGAAGCGCGAGGACGUGAAGUCCGAGGACGAGGACGGCCAGACGAAGCUGAAGCAGCGGCGCAGCCGCACCAACUUCACGCUGGAGCAGCUCAACGAGCUGGAGCGGCUCUUCGACGAGACCCACUACCCCGACGCCUUCAUGCGCGAGGAGCUCAGCCAGCGCCUGGGGCUCUCGGAGGCGCGUGUGCAGGUCUGGUUCCAGAACCGAAGAGCCAAGUGCCGCAAACAGGAGAACCAGAUGCAUAAAGGCGUUAUCCUGGGCACCGCCAGCCACCUGGACGCCUGCAGGGUGGCGCCCUACGUCAACAUGGGCGCCCUGCGAAUGCCUUUCCAACAGGUCCAGGCGCAGCUGCAGCUGGAAGGCGUGGCGCACGCGCACCCGCACCUACACCCGCACCUGGCGGCGCACGCGCCCUACCUGAUGUUCCCGCCGCCGCCCUUCGGGCUGCCCAUCGCGUCGCUGGCCGAGUCCGCCUCGGCCGCCGCUGUAGUGGCCGCCGCGGCCAAAAGCAACAGCAAGAACUCCAGCAUCGCCGACCUGCGGCUCAAGGCGCGUAAGCACGCCGAGGCCUUGGGGCUCUGA